AUGCUGCUCUUCCGUGCGCCGCUGGAGCGUGGCAUCGCCUGGAACUGCCCCGUUCUGCUAACCCGUGCGACCCUGGGGGGGCAGACGGAGGUGGUGCACAUGACCGCUGCCCGCACGCAACGGUCAUGUGCGACCCGCGCGCGCACCUCGCGCGCGCACCUCGCCGAAGGAACCACCUUUGGUGGAACCGUUGGGCGAGGCGCCACCUCGCGCGCGCGCCUCGCGCGCGCACCGCCGAAGGAACCACCUCGCAGGCGCCACCUUUGGUGGAACCGUUGGGCGAGGCCCGCCGCGAUGGCCAGAGGCGUCUGCCUGGUCUUCGGCGCCGGAGCCGGCAUCGGUGCUGGGAUCGCCCGGCGCUUCGCCCGUGGCGGCUACACGGUGUGCCUGGUGCGGCGCAAGGACAGGGACAGGCUGGAGGCGCUGGCCGCGGAGCUCCGGCGGCUGGGCGUGUGCGCGCACGCGCACUUGUGCGACGGCACCCGGGAGAGCGACGUCACUGAUCUCAUCGACACGAUCGAGAGCAGCAUUGGGCCGAUCGAGAUUGCGGUCUACAACGUCGGGGCGAACGUUGGGGACCGGCCGAUCCAGGCCCUCGACGCGCGGGUCUUCACACGCGCCUGGCAGCUGGGGGCCCUGGGGGCCUUCCUGGUGGGGAAGGCCGUCUCGAAGCACAUGGCCGCUCGCGGGCGUGGCACGCUGAUCUUCACCAGUGCCACCGCAGCAGUCCGUGGCAACCAGGGACAGGCAGCCCACAGCGCCGCCAUGAUGGGCCGCCGCGGUGUCGCCAUGUCCUUCGCGCACGAGCUGGCAGCCUCUGGGGUGCACGUCGCCCACGUUGUCAUCGACGGCAUGGUCGACUCUCCCGAUACGCUUGGCAAGUUUUUUCCCGAGCAGUUCCAACAGAUGAAGGCCCUGAAGGGGCCGCAGGGCGGCAUCGUCGAGCCAGACAAGCUCAGUGAGACCUAUUGGCAUCUGCACACUCAGGACCGAUGUGUCUGGACGUUCGAGCUGGAUGUUCGGCCGUGGACGGACACGGCCUGGUUCCACACAGGCAGGGCGGAAAACGCCAUGGGCCCGAGAGACGGCAUUGCCCCUCCAGCUGCGCGCAGCUCGAAGCUGUAG